AAAAAAAAAACGCACGGUGGUGAGAUCAGUGAUUUCCACCACCCCUCCACCACCACCACCACCAUCAUCCAGACACCGACCCUUCCUCGCCAUGCUAUUCGAUAACUUUGACCUGGUUUCGGCCUUGGCCACCCUAGCGGCCUGCGUGGUGUCCAUGGCCCUCCUCCUUGUGGUAUCCCAGCAGCUCUGGCAGCUUCGCUGGACGUCGACGCGGGACAAGAGCUGCAAGCUGCCGAUGCCUAAAGGCUCCAUGGGGUUCCCCAUCAUAGGAGAAACCUGCCACUGGCUCUUCCAGGGUUCGGUAUUCCACGCAUCGCGGAGGCAAAAGUACGGUAACGUCUUUAAGACCCACCUGCUGGGACGCCCCCUGAUCCGGGUCACCGGUGCGGAGAACGUCCGGAAGGUUCUAAUGGGAGAGCAUACGUUGGUCAGCGUGGACUGGCCUCAGAGCACCUCAACCCUACUAGGACCCAACUCACUGGCUAACUCCAUAGGAGAUAUACACCGUAAGAGGAGAAAGGUAUUUUCCAAGGUGUUCAGUCAUGAGGCGUUAGCGUCCUACCUCCCUAAGAUCCAGCAGGUGAUCCAGGAGUCACUGAGGGUGUGGAGCUCCAACCCAGAACCCAUCAACGUCUACAGGGAAUCCCAGAGGCUGUCGUUCCACAUGGCAGUGAGGGUGCUGUUGGGGUUCAGGGUAGCAGACGAGGAGAUGAGACACCUGUUCACCACCUUCCAGGAGUUUAUAGACAACAUCUUCAGCUUACCCAUAGACCUGCCUUUCAGUGGAUACAGGAAGGGUAUCCGUGCCAGGGACACACUCCAGAAGGGGAUAGAAAAAGCCAUCAGGGAGAAACCCCUCUCUUCCCAGGGGAAGGAUUAUAGAGACGCACUUGAUAUCCUGCUGGAGAGCGCAAAAGAGAACGGCACGGAACUCACCAUGCAGGAACUCAAGGAGGCAACCAUUGAGCUGAUCUUCGCUGCGUUUGCCACCACCGCCAGCGCCUCCACCUCUCUCAUCAUGCAGCUCCUACGCCACCCUGCCGUCUUAGAGAAGUUACGAGAGGAGCUCCGUGCCAGGGGGAUCCUCCAUAACGGCUGUCUGUGUGAGGGGGAACUGGGCCUGGAUACCAUCGUUGGUCUGAAGUAUCUGGACUGUGUGAUCAAGGAGGUGCUGAGGCUCUUCACGCCCGUGUCUGGGGGGUAUAGGACGGCCCUGCAGACCUUUGAACUAGAUGGGGUCCAGAUCCCGAAGGGUUGGAGUGUGAUGUACAGCAUCAGAGACACCCACGACACCUCCUCCGUCUUCAAGGACGUGGACGCCUUCGACCCCGACCGCUUCUCCCAGGAACGCAGCGAGGACAAGGAGGGACGCUUCCACUACCUUCCGUUCGGCGGCGGCAUCCGCUCCUGCCUCGGGAAACAGCUCGCCACUCUCUUCCUCCGUAUACUGGCCAUCGAGCUGGCCAGCACCAGCCGGUUUGAGCUGGCGACCCGGAAUUUUCCCAGAGUGGUGACGGUGCCGGUGGUUCAUCCGGUAGACGGGUUGAAGGUGAAGUUCUACGGUCUGGAUUCUAACCAGAACGAGAUUCCGUCCGAUCUCCUAGCCGACAUCAAGACGGAAGAGCUGCUGGGAGCCGCGGUGUAGAUCGUAGAUUUCGAUUGGACAAAGCAAGGGGAAGGAGGAAGGGAGGGAUGGAUAGAGGGAGGAGAAAUGAGAGAGAGGAUGGAUGGAUGGAGGAUAGGGCAGAAAGAAAUGGUUUCCUUUUUUUGGUUCUGCUGAUGUCUUGGAAUGUUGGAGAUCUCCUUUGAACUCUGAAAUGGAACAUUCUGAAUUCCGAUUCCUUCUCUUUGUCGUUUAAUUGUUAGUCGCCUGAACUUUCUGAGAGAGAAAGAAGGACAGAAGCUGCCAAAAAAGUUUAUAAUCUCUAUUCCGUUUGUUUUCCAAGAAAUAUACAAAACUACGUAUAAAAUGAAAAGUAAUGUAAUAUAAUGAAUGAAUUAAAAACAGAAAGAUGUAAUGUUAAAAUAAUUUAUGCACAAUUAGGAAACAGAUUCGUAGAGGAGUGUAUUUGGAUAGAGGGAUGGAUGGAGGUAUGAAAGACAGAAAGAAAGGAAGCAAGGAAAGGAAGCAAGGAAACAGGGUAGAAUGAUUUAAGAAGGGAAAGGAUAAAAGUGAAUUAAAAUCCAGAGCUAGAGAGAGAGAAGGGCAGAGGUGGGUUCAUACAUACUCUAUAUAUCAGGGUGCUGCAACUCCAGUCCAGGCCAGCUAAAGAGUUUUCCAGGCUUUUCUUCCAGCCCUACUCUAACACACCUGUCUCAAACAGUCAAGCUAUCAACCUAUCAACUAUCACGAUUAGUUAAAUGAUGCGUUUUACCCGGUAAAUGGACUAUAGUUCUCCAGGACGGAGUUAGAACAGAGACCUAUUAAAAGGACUUCAGGGAGAACUUGAAAGAGAGAUUCAAAAGCUGGAAAGGACAUUGGAUUGUUUGCUAAUAGCUCAGGUGUGGAAGGGGAUCUUUCAUUGGACGUACUUUCAUAUCUUUAUUUUUGACUCAACCUGCACAUAAGAGACUAUCAGUUGUUAUCAAUCACCUUCCUUCCCUUUCCCCUUCAAACCCUCAAACCUGUGCUACAUCACUAUGAUGUCAUAUGAAGAUGCGUGUGUGCUACAUCACUAUGAUGUCAUAUGAAGAUGCUCGUGUGCUACAUCACUAUGAUAUCAUCUGAAGAUGUGUUCGUGUGUGUCCGUCAGUUUGCCUGAUGUCUGCCUCUCUGGAUGGCUGAACGUAUUAUGGACAUAAAGGGGAAAAUGUUUCUAAAGCUAUCAGAAUGGUCUAAGCUGGAGGAAGAAUGGUAGAGAGAGAGAGAGAGAGAGGAAGAGAAUGAGAGAUAAAGAAAGAGAGAGGAAGAGAGGGAGAGAGAA